UUUUUUCUGCGUUGCAAAUUUAAAGGCCCAAGGGAACCUGGCCCAAAAGCUUUCUUCUAAAUUGGGAUUUCCAAAACCCUCUUUAGGAAAUACGACUUUAGUUGAAAUUUCUAAAAGCUUUCUUAAAAUCGUCAACUGUUCCUGGAAAUUGACCAUCGUGUUUCAUUAUCCGUAAGCAUCGUUUCUGCAGGCGUCCCGCGACUGCCGUACCUGCGUUCUGAGAGAGAGAGAUGGUGAGAAGUGAAGCGGAAGAAGAGCAGAAGUGAUGCUGAUUUGAGGAGAAGCUCGGCCAUGUCUUACGCCUCCAUGCCACCGCCAAGUGUGUGCCUUUUCAGAAAUUCUCUUUGUGCCCGUUUACCUCUCUCUUCGUUGCUCCACCGCCACCGGACGCCGUCUCGUUGGCCACGUUUCUGUGCCGUAAAAAUUGGAACACGAGGCGGCAGAAUUGGAAGCCAAGACGCCUACGGGUCUGACUUGCUUAGGAAGCCGAUAUUCUCGCCGCCGGUGAAGGAUUUCACCCCAAUUUCUGUCGACGAGGAGGAGGAGGAGAAGGAGGAGGAGGAGGAAGAGAAGGAGAAGAUAGAAAGGAGGUUAAGAUACGAGCAGAGGGAAGAAGAGGAGGAAUUCAUCGAUUGGGAAAACCGAAUUUUGGAAGAUACGGUCCCUCUGGUUGGCUUUGUCAGGAUGAUUCUUCAUUCUGGGAAAUAUGAAAGCGGUGACAGAUUAAUCCCGAAGCACGAGAGAACAAUUCUUGAGAGAUUGCUUCCCUAUCAUCCAGAGUCUGAAAAGAAGAUUGGAUGUGGAAUUGAUUAUAUCACAAUUGGGUAUCAUCCUGAUUUUGAAGCAUCACGAUGUUUGUUCAUUGUUCGGAAGGAUGGGAAGCUGAUUGACUUUUCAUAUUGGAAAUGCAUAAAGGGAUUGAUUAGAAAGAACUACCCAUUGUAUGCAGAUGGCUUCAUUCUAAGGCAUUUCCGAUGGCGUAGACACAGUGGAUGAAGGUAAUAAAAUCUGCUUGCCUGCCACCUUGUGCCUUUGUACCCAAUGGAAAUCCCCCCUCCUCAUUGAGUGAUGAUCAAAACAUGUGGUUUAUUUGUGCUUGAGUUACAACAUUGUAUAAUUUAAAGGCAGAGAUUUGAAAUUAUUUAAUUGUCAGGUCAUAUUGACAUUAUGGAAAAUUUUUUCUGUAAAAA